ACGCGUAUUAAAAUCUUGGCUAGCUUUGAGAACUUUCUCAAAGCUGGAUUGUUAAGAGGGGAAGAUACUCUAAAGCUGAUAUUUAUUAGUUAUCUCCGUUCUCAGCAAGCACGAAAUUCAUUCAUGAAUCAGGAUACUCGUAGACAGAAACGUAAUGUUGUGGAUUGGGUGGCAUGUCACGGGAAGGUUAACAUGAUGCCACCGCACCCAUUAACACUACUUUUAUUGCCACAACUAUCAUCAUCGCCGAUUCAACCUACUCUGGGUCUAUUCAGUCAUUCGAUAUCAUCAUCGCUUUCAGACAGUAAAGACGAUAAGAUGUCCAUGUCAACCGUUACCCUGAAAGGUGAUAGAUCAGUUCAUACGAAUCGGGACGGAGCUAUGGAAAUCGAAUAUGAUACCGCUACUAUUGAAGGACGAAUAGCGAUAACACAGACCAUCAUAACAACAUUGCAUCAAUUGCUACUUUCGACCUGGCUGGACACUGCUCCGGUUGUGUUUGGAUCAAUAACAUCGACCAUAUAUCAAUCGCCUGGUUUACUUUUGUUAAACCAUAUACUAAGAAUCUUGGAUGUUUUGUGGAGAGCGUUUUUUAUCGAAUCACGCGAAAAGAAUGAUGAUGCUCGCAAGUUGUGGACUGAUUCUCAAACGCAACAACUACUGAAACAUAUCACUCUGCAUUUUCCAUACGGGGCAGAUUCUUUUGGAAUGCGAGACGCAAAGACCGAAUCAAUAUUACGAGAAAUGAACAUAAUCUGUUGUAAUCUUGUUGUAAUAUACCUGUUGAAUUCAUCGACGUUGUCAUUGAAAAAUGAUCACGAGGAUUCAUCAUCAAUGAUGCAAAAAACUAAUCCCGAUGCAGCAGGGGGACGACUUUCAUGGGCUGGGAGAGUAUUCGACUACGUUCUAAUCACAUUGGGUGGAACGGAAAGUAUUCGCUUAGAACAUGAAAUUAGUUUCAAGAUGAAACUAACAUCAACAGAUUUCAAACCUGAGCAUCUUACAUCACUUCUUCCGUCGAUAUGGGGACUGCUCAAUUGCAUAGAUGACAACGAUCAGAUACUUUUAUAUCAA